AUGGUUGUCACGGGGGAGCCCGGCGCGAUGGCGCGGUUGCGGCAGUGGGUGCUGGCCAACUUCUCCUCUUCGUGGUUCCUCCUGGCGCCGCGGCGGCUGUUCCUGACCUACUUUAGCGUCUUCCUCCGGCGCCACGCGCGGCGGGUCCUCACCGUCGUCGACCCCUACGUGAGCCUCGACAUCUCGGAGAAGCCAGCCGCCCCCGCGUGGUCCUUGAGGAACCAGCCCGCAGGCGCGCGCGACAGCACAACCUUCGAGGAGGUGAAGGCGUACCUCAGGGUCGCGUGCUCGCAGGACGCCAGCGAGCUCCGCGCCGAGGGCGCCGAGGAGGGCGACGGCCUCGUCAUCAGCAUGCGCGACGGCCAGGACGUGUCCGACGAGUUCCGGGGCGCCACGUUCAUGUGGUCGUCCGUGACGGACGAGGCGGAGGGGCAGCAGAACAGCAGCCGCCGGCGCGAGGUCCAGCGCCUCACGUUCCACAGACACCACCGCCGGCUCGUCAUCGACGAGUACCUGCCGCACGUCCGCCAGAGAGGCCGCGAGGUCCUCUUCGGCAACCGCCGCCGCAGGCUGUACAGCAACAACAGGAUCUCGCAGUUCUCGUGCUACGACGACGACAACGCGUGGAGCUUCGUCAACUUCGACCACCCGACGACGUUCGAGACGCUGGCCAUGGACCCGGCCAAGAAGAAGAAGAUCAUGGACGACCUCGACGCGUUCCGGAACAACAGGGACUUCUACCGGCGCACCGGCAAGCCAUGGAAACGAGGGUACCUGCUCUAA